AUGAUCUCGGGUGCAGACAAGCUAGUCGACGAGCAGAAGUCGGGCUUGAAACACGAGACUCGAGGCCAGUCGAGCUUCGAUGAAGAGCAGGCCUGCUCAGAGGCCGGCGACUCGGACAGCAUGCCCUGCUAUUAUUCGCAGGAUCACGAGGUGACGCGAUGGUUGAUCAACCAGAUGCGCUGUCGAAACGGGCUGCACUAUCUCAUCAAUUUGGUGAACGCGAAACCGGAGAUUCUGUCGGCCUACUUCGAGAUCUACGACCAGCCGCAGCUCUACUCGGAGCCGAGGAUCGGCGUCGAUCCGCCCGCCUACCACAUGAAAGCCAUCCUCUACCUCACCCCGUUGGUGAUAGCCGUCUACUUUCGGCUCAAGUCGGUCAUCAAACUGCUCUUGGAUACUACCGGCACCCGGCUCUGCCAGAAGAGCCGGCAACACGUCGACGUCAACGCCGUCUGCUACGUGCGACGCGUCAAGCCAAAGUCCGGUGGUCCCUUCUAUCUGGACGACUAUUCGACGACGUUCGCUUCCGUCGUGGCGGUGCGACGCGAGUUCUUCGCCGGCCUCACACUCCUCAUGACGGCCAACUACAACCCUCAGACGCCGUUCAUCAUUUCCAGCUUCCUGGGCACUCCGCUGCAGACGAAUCAUCGAUUCACAGACAUCCUGGACUACUCCAUCCGACUGCUCAACACGCGACCUGGCCUCGACAUCCUCGGUGUGGUACAGGCCAUCAGUUACCGGUCGAUGAUGUCCAACUCGUCCGGCCUGGCCGCUGUUGCCAAGUCCGACGGGCCGGUCUGCUACGACCUCUGCGCCUACGAAGUGUACGGUGAAGAGACAGCCUCCAGUCGUCAGGUCUGGUGCUCCGUCUUUCGGCGCAUCUCCAAGCGGGGCAUCAUCCGAACGCACACGAAUUGUGGCAAUCGGCUGGUCGGUCUGCUCGAGAUGGUCGUGCUGGCCGGCUUCUUCCGACACGACAUGAUGCCGCGGGGUCCUCGGCCAUCCGGUCACUCUCAGGAGCCCGGCUCGGCCGGUACAGCACGGCUCGGCAACCAGAACUGUCGCGUCGCCCCGGUCGGUCAGAUGAUGCGCUUCAGCCUCGACGAUGUGGCUCGUCUGACGGGAGUCGAACGUGACACCGCUCUGCAUCAUCUGCGCUCCGACCGGGACGCUUCGAUUCUCUGUCUUCUUUUCUGGUUGGCUCGAGUGCGCAAUCGCAAUUUGGUGAAACAAGCACAUCGCCUCCUGCGACUCCUCUCGAUGGUACUUCACGACACCGAUCUUCUCGGCGACUUCCUUACCUCACCGGCCGUCGUCGACACACGUACCACCCUUUGGCCCGUCUGGCUCACCACCAUUGACCCAAUCUACUUGACCUCGUUGACCAACUCAAACGGGGCCAAUUUGCCAAACGGCCGAAACAGCCUCUCGUUGCCCGACGAGCCCAGCGGCCUCAUCGGUUCACCAAUUGCCAAUUCGCCCAGUUGCUAUGCCCCAUUCGCCGAUGACCUCGGUACCACCGGAGCCAGUGGAGAGGCGGCCGAAUUCCUCCUUGAGCUGCCGCAACUCAACGAGAUUCGCUUCGAGCUGAGCAUGUUUGCCAAUACUCUGGGCCUAAUCGACGGCAUAAAAGAGACCUCGGCUGCUCUCAUGACUGGACUGCACCUGAAUCGACGCGAACUGGCCGAUCGCGAGCGUAGAGAAGAGGGUCCAUACGUUAUGGACUCACCCAACUCCAUCGCCCUCUUCAAAAUGACCGACUCACAAGAGGCUCGCUAUGUUCCAGGCAGUGAAACCGAAGCUCAGCCUUCAGACAUGCGACAAAUCAGCGAAACAAACGCUCUUCUACAGGCCAGACUCAGCAGAACCCCCGAAAAUAAGCUCAAAAUGUCGCCCAGCGAGACACGCUUCAUGCCGUUCGGCGAGACUGCCCAUACCGACGUCUCUGAGUCUGCGGCAGAGCGAUCACAGCGCGCCUUUUCGGCGUCUCGUGCCACACCCAGCCAUACCGUCAGGCAAGAGCACACAUUCACCUGCAAACCGGCUUCCGAGGAGAAUACGCACAGCGUCAACUCGCUCUCCAAACUUGCCAACAAACACCAGACUCAAGGCCUCCUGACUACGACAAACCUGCGCGCCCCCCUCGACCAUCUACUCGUGCCUCCAGACAGUCAACUUUGCAUACAGAAACAGAACAUUCAGCAUCUGGAGCCCUAUCAACCGGCAGUUGGUGACAUGAACUCGCAUACGGCACCUUCGACUCCGCCGCCGCAACCAGAACCCCUACUUCCGGCUACACACCAGAAACAUCAUCAUUUUUCACAUUCACACCAAACAGGCCACACGUCCAAUCUUCAAAAUAUGUAUCGCCAACAGCAACACCAGCAACUACAGCAACAACAGCAACAUUAUCAUCAGCAACAGCAGCAAAACUAUUAUCACUCUCAGCAGCAUCAGCAGCACGAACAACAGCAUCAGCAACAACAACAACAACAACAACAACAA